ACCCACGCGCCCAUGUGUGUUUCGUAACUUCAACCACGCAUAGUCGAUGUGUGAUGGAGAAAGUCCGCCGCAGUAAAAGCUUUACGAAUCCGCAUUUAUGUCAGUAGAACAAGCUGAUGUCAGAUUUUCUGCCCUGCGCCGCGCGGUGGGAGGAUCUCUGAGCGUUGAGUCACGCAGCUGUCAAAGAUAGCUGUCACCCAGUUUCAGGAUCAAACACAGUCAAUGAGGAAAAGGGCUUUGAGCCGAGGGGACGCGCAGAUCUCAGGUAACCCCCUCACCGAGUCUCCGGGACAAAAAGGAGGACGUAGAGCCUCAAACCGAAGGAAGAGAGACGCAUUUUGAUGAAUAAGGGAUUUUCGGAUACACGCUGAAGAAGAAAAACACACAUCUGAAUUUUCCUCUGCGCGCAUUUUCGGACGGAGAUGAAGACGAAAAGGGGUCUGAUGAUGCUGUCCGGGAGUGAAACGGAUGAGGAGGAAAGCGUGGAUGCCCCUCUGGACCUGUCGUCCAGCGGCGGGAGCAGUGGGAAAAGGAAACGACGCGGGAACCUGCCUAAGGAGUCUGUUCAAAUCCUGAGGGAUUGGCUGUACGAGCACCGCUACAACGCGUACCCGUCUGAACAGGAGAAGGCUCUCCUUUCCAAGCAGACUCAGCUCUCCACGUUGCAGGUGUGCAACUGGUUCAUCAACGCACGGCGGCGACUUCUCCCAGAGAUGCUGAGGAAAGACGGCAAAGACCCCAACCAGUUCACCAUCUCCAGGAAAGGCAGCAAGGCUGGUGACAGCUUCUCCGACAGCUCCCAGUCCCCCAAACACAGCAGCCCCGCUGCAGGGACAGAGGAGAUGUGCGACAAGCGAGCCCUCCACCCUUCCAGCUUUGAGUCGGCCGUGCCCAGCGUCCUGAGGAAGGCGGUGUCCCCUCCUGUACCCUCUCCAACCUCCCCGUCCCCCUCCCCGGGCCUCGUGCCCACCCGGCCUUCUGUCAUCUGUCACACCACUGUCACCGCGGCGGUGCAGGCCGGCGCAGCGGCGCCCCACCCGACAGCGUCAGGGAUGAACUGUGACAGAGCAGCAGAGCUGCUGCAGUCCUUGCAGGCUCAGGCGCUGUUCCGGUGCCGCGACGACGGACCAGGCAGCCACCAGCAACCACCCACUACUACCAUUCUCACCAGCAUGGAGGGCAACCUGAGCCCCCGCAGCGGGCUCUUCAACACCCCACCUCCCACUCCUCCAGACCUCACACAAGACUUCAGCGGCUUCCAGCUGCUGGUGGAUGUGGCCCUGAAACGGGCUGCAGAGAUGGAGCUGCAAGCCAAACAGCUGGUCUCCUAAAGGAGACCCCGAGAGGGAAACAGACUUUACAUCUCCACUCUAGAACACUGCAGUUCAGUGACUUUUGUGCACGCAACAGAGAACAAAUCCACAUGAACGCCUGAUCAUUUCUAUUUUUGGUAUACCAAUCAAUAUGAUGAUGUUUUUUAAUUAAAAGAAAAAGGAGAAAAACAGUAUCAAGGUGCCUUGGCUAUAAGUUGUUUAGUCAUUUCAUAUACAUGCGUAUGUAUCUACAUGUGUAUUUUAUUUGCACACAGGGACCAAAAACGUUAAGAAAUGCUGCCUGUCUUUAUGUCUUUCCAUUAUUUUGAAUCCGAUUGUGCAGGAGGAGUCCUUCCAGCCCGGUCUCACAAAGACGGGGCGGAAGCCGCUCGCGCCUGCAGCUCAACAUUUCACCGAUCCCUUCACGAAUCGUCUGCCUCACUUGUUUGCACGUCGGAGGCGGAGAGCGGUCAUCUCAGCAUCUCAAACGUACUUUGCUCUUGGCAUCGAAAAGAACUUAUUCACUACUGUAAAUGUUUCAUGUUGUUAGUUUUUUUUUUUUUUACUUCUAGCAAUUUUAAAAGAAGAAAUAAACUUUGUUUUUUUUUUGUCAACUCUUCUUUUCCUGUUAAGUUUUUUUUUUACAUCUAAUGUAGCAGGUUCAUAGACUGAGCCUUUACCCUGUCGCUCAGUGAAAACGAUGGCCAGUGGACUGGAAAAUAAAACACUAAGUUCCUUCUUUUUUGCUGUUUCAUGACCUGAAAAGGAGUUUUUUUUCCUCCUUAAAUCACCAAAAACGAGCAUUUUCAUGUAUAUUAGGACCAUGUGUAUAGUCAAUGUGACAUGAUGCCCAAUGAUGUGAUUUCUUUUCAUACUGUGCAAUGUUUGUGGCAAAGAUGGGUCACAUGGGAUUCUAAUAAAGUUUUGUUUUUUUCUAUAA